UACCGGUAGUUUCACAACUUUUAGUCACAAGGAUGUGGUUUCCUAAUAUGGAUUUAUGAGCUGACCACAGCAAGCAAUUUGUUUAAACGUUUAAUUCUUGUCCAGUGGUCCUAUUGGUCAGCCUGAUCUACCUUUGAGCAUAUUCAUUUUAUCUGGCUAAGUUAAUUUAGUCUCUUGAACACUAUCCUGCAAUAAUAAUGAUAAACAUAAAGUGACUUGAAUCCGACCUGAGGUCAUUUCCCGAUUCCACUCUCUCUUGACUGUCCUAUCUAAAUCCCCCAAAAUAAAACAAAAUAUAUACAUAUGUAUAUAAAAAAAAACAUAAACUGAUUCUUUCAUUACAUUUGUUGAGUUACGGAGUUACAUUGUAUGUCUCUCAGGGACGCCUUGCCUUUUUCAAUGAUGAGUUUGAUCUGUAUUUAACCCCCGCAUUUCAGUUCAAUUAUGCUGCAGCAAUAUGUCCACAGAUAUUCAAAUGUGACCUGCCUUGACAGAGCUGCAGCUAUCACAUGGUUUAUCACAUGUAAUGAGGAAAAAGCUUCGCUAAUGAAUCUUUGAAAGCUCCAAACCAGGACCACACAAAACUAUGAGUUUAACUAACUUGUAUAUCCACCAUAUUCAUUUAACCUGACAACUGGUAACCACUGUUAUUAAAUCAAUGUCAUUUUACCAGUCUCCACCUAUCUAAUAUUCAAAUGACAACCAAAGGAGAGCUCUGUUAUCUAUGAGACAGACUGUCUGUGGUUGGUGACAUCAUACGAAGGCUCUUCCUCAUUUAAGCCAAACAUGCUCACUUAAGCAGAGCAGUUCCUGCGCGUACCGUACAUUCAAACUCUGUCAUUUCUUUUUCAACUGCUCUCAUUUUUGUUGGUUUGAACUCGUAUCGUGUCACUGGCAAGCCUGUGGGAUUUUUCCUGAAGCUUGUGUCAGCAAAGACAUUUUUCAAAAGGGGAAAUACUUCUGAGGUUUUGGGUUAAGAUGACACCGUUACAAUUCAAGGAUGCGUUCUGGGGGUCGGAUUUCUGCAGUAACCUGGGCUAUGAUGCACUCAUACAGAGACUGUGUGAUGGCCGCCGUAUGUGCAAGGACAUGGAAGAACUCCUAAAGAUGAGGGCAUUGGCAGAGGAAAGGUAUGGCAAGGAGUUGGUGACUAUUGCUCGCAAAGCAGGAGGCCAAAGUGAGAUCAGUACUUUGAAAGCUUCAUUUGAUCAUCUGAAAGCACAGAUUGAGAGUGUUGGGAACCUGCACAUUCAACUCUCAGGAAUGCUCAAAGAAGAAGUAAAACGGAUGGAGCAGUUUAGAGAGCGGCAAAAAGAGCAGAGAAAAAAGUUUGAGGGGAUCAUGGAGAAGGUACAGAAGAACAAAAUUGGUUUAUUUAAGAAAACAAUGGAGUCUAAGCGACUGUACGAGCAGAAAUGCAAAGAGGCAGAUGAGGCGGAACAGGCUGCUGACAGGGUGAACAGUGCCCCCACUGCCACGCCCAAACAGGCUGAGAAGGUCCAGAACAAAGCCAAGCAAUGCAGGGAAGCAGCAGUAGACGCAGAGAAGCAGUACAUGACCAAUAUCGAGCAGCUUGACAAGAUUCGCCAGGAAUGGGAAUCAACUCACGAGAGCACGUGUGAGGUCUUCCAGCAACAUGAGGGAGACCGCAUCAACAUUCUGAGAAAUGUGAUGUGGGUUCAUUGCAACCAGUUCUCAAUGCAGUCCGUCAAUGACGAUGAGUGUUAUGAGUUAGUGCGCUUGAGCCUGGAGGAGUGUGACAUCACAGUUGACAACAACAGUUUCAUUGAGCUAAAGAGCUCAGGGACAACCCCUCCAGUGCCUAUUGUGUUUGAGAACUACUACGAAAGGGAACCUUGCACGGACAGCAACUGCAUUGGGGGACGCUUUGGAGGAGGGGUCAUGAAAAGGUUUUCAAAUCUUUUGCAAGGAAACAGCUCUGGUGGCAGCAGGAACAACGUCAACGAUGGUUCAGUGUCAACAGCUACACCUCUUGCUGAAGACGGAGUGUAUGCGUCAAUUCCUGGAUGUCUACCCGGAGGAGCACCACGGGUUGCAGCAGUGGAGGAGUACCAGGCGCUCUAUGACUACAUCGCUCAGGGCUCAGAUGAGCUAUCCAUCUCUGUGGGGGAGAUAGUUGUGGUGGUGGACCAGGGGGACGAUGGCUGGUGGACGGUGGAGAGGAACGGCCAGUCGGGUCUCGUCCCGGGAUCCUACCUUAAUAAAGCCUGAGAGGACUCACACACACAGACGUCUGAGAGGGCCCUGUUACAGCUCAUCAGCUGUGUGGGCUCAUCUGACUCAGAGGUGUAAAGCACCAUCUUAACAGCAGGUUUUAUUCCGGGUAACAUAUUUAUAUUAUGUGAGAGGGGGAGUUCAUUUCAAGCAGGCACUACAGGCUGGCAUAGCACAGUCAGAGUGCAUUAGAUCUAGUAGUAACUGAACUGAAUGUUGAAUUUCAAUAUUUCUUUAAUGUAAUGUAUACAUUUUAAAAUGAGUUGUUACUAUUCUGUUGCAAAGGAUGUUCCUGGUUGGGGGAUGUUAAAUUAAGUUGUUCUGUGUUCAUGGCAUGGUGAAUUUCAACUCAGUCAUAACCAUCACUACUGUGUGUCAUUAUGUUCUUGUUUUUUGUUGUAAGUUUAUGGUAUGGUCAAUAAUUCAAGAGGAGUUGUGGUUUUCUUUAGCACAAACUAUGUGAAUGCAUUUGAUGCAAAACAUCUAGUUAAGUUUCAAAACUCGCUUAUGAGUCAAAAUAUCUCAUUAAUAUUCAAACUGUUAUUUCCUUUAACUGUAAACAUGUUUUUACCACGAUUAAACUGCCCUGUUCCUUUA